AUGUUCAAUCAAAAUGGAGAAGUGAUAUUAAAAGUUCUUGCGAAGGUUGGACAACCAAUGACGUUGGACAAGAUUGUGAUGUAUAUAUCUGCUAAAGCUCGGGUCCCCCCUCAAGAAAUUUCGGAAACUGUACGAAAAACAUUGAAUGGCGGUGUUCAAUUUGGCUUUGUACAAAAGUGUAACGGGGAAUAUUACGCAGAAACUGGUGGAAUGGGGUAGACAACAGGACGUCGUCGCUGUAUAAAGCAAAAAUCUAAAGGUGUUCGGAAAACUCAA